AUGCGCGCUUUUGUGAUUUUGAGUGUUAUCGCAGUUGCAUCUGCAGGACGUUUGGGAUACAACUACCAACAAGGAGUAUCUGGUAGCAAUGAUUACGCAUCAUCCGGAUCAGGUUUAAACUCUGUCUUGGCACUAGGAAAUGGACAGGGACAGGGACUUGGAGGAGCUGAUUUCGGAGGACAAGCUCAAGGAUCUGGUAUCAGCUACGGACUUAGCAGUGGAUCAAUUGGAUCUGGACUUGGUGGUGGAAUUGGUUUUGGAUCAUCUGGAGGUCAAUCAUUUGGAUCGGGAUCAUCAUCAAUCGGUGGUAGUGGUCUUGGAGGAUCUGGAAUCAGCUAUGGAUCAUCAUCUGGUUCAUCUGGAUCAGUUGGAGGUGGUGUCAGCUAUCAACCUGGAUCCAAUCGCGUUAUCGAUGGUGGACUUACUAAGGAAUACUUCAUUUACUCCGCUCCAGAGGAACAAGUUCAACAAGGUCAAAACACAGAAAGUAUCGAAACCGUUAUCAAGAAGAACCUUCGUGUGAUCUUCAUCAAGGCCCCAGAAAACAGCGCCGUCCACAAUGCUGCUCUCCAAGUUGCCAAACAAGCAACUGAAGACAGAACUGCCAUCUAUGUCUUGAGCAAGGAACCUGAUGUAUCAGAAAUCACCAGUCAAGUUCAACAAAUCAGCGAGAAUGUUCGUGCUAAGCCUGAAGUCCGUUUCAUCAAAUACAGGACAAAUGAAGAUGCUCUUAAUGCUCAACGCACCAUUCAACAACAAUAUGAAGCUUUGGGUGGAACUUCACAGAGCUCAAAUGAAGGUGUUGCUCCAGUUUUGAACUUUGCUUCUCCCGCAGCUGCUGGUCAUCAUGCAGGACACGCCCAUGGCGUUAGCGGUGGUUCCAAUUUGAUUGCAUCUGGUUCAUCAAUCAGCUCGUCUUCCAGUUCACCAGCUCUUAACAUUGGUUCUGCAUCAGAACAAAGUUCACAGAGCGUUAAUUUGGGCAGCAUUGGAUCAUCUUCCAACAAUGUCGCUGUCAAAUCUCAAAACGAAUACUUGCCCCCAGCUGUUAAGAAAUAAGUUUGCAUAUAUUUAAA